GCGAGUGUUCUCAGAACGGAGCGGAGUGUGGAUACGAGAGGGUGCUUCAUGGUGCUGCCGCUGCCGCCUUUGUUGUAGAAAUAACGUUUUUACUACAUCCAUUCCAACUCGAAAACAGGAUACUUGACCACGGAUUCUUAGGGGGAUACAUCUAGAAAAGCAUAUCAAUGUUUCUAAACGAGGGCCGGAGUCUGCUUCUGCUAACGCUUCUGGCAGCUUUGCAGAUGGGCACGGAGGGCAGGGGUACCCCACUGUGCCGGCCAGGCUUUUCAGAGAACGUGUACAAUGCAGUGGUGCCAGACACUGUGCAGGAGGGACAGCUCCUUUUCAACGUGAAGUUCCUUGACUGCAGCAGAAGUGGGCGUAUGCGGCUGGAGAGCAGCGAGCCGGACACCUUUCGAGUGGAGACGGAUGGGGCGGUGCACGCCCUCCGCAGCAUCCGCCUCGCCUCCGUCAGGUCCUCGCCCCUGGUGAUCAAGGCACGGGACGAGGCCACCGGCGAGCAGUGGCAGACGGAAGUCAGGCUGACCCCCACCGAGGGUCAAAGUGCACAGGUGCCUAGCAUGGAGGCGGUGGCAGCCAUGGCUCCCAGGCUGCCAGAAAUUGUGUUCCCAUCGCGGCACACUGACGACGGCAGCCAGCUGAGACGCAUGAAGAGGGACUGGGUCAUCCCCCCCAUCAACGUGCCCGAGAACUCCAGAGGCCCCUUCCCUCAGACGCUUGUCACGAUCAGGUCCGACCACGAUAAAAACCGCUCCCUCCGCUACAGCGUGACUGGCCCAGGAGCGGACCAGCCCCCCACCGGCAUCUUCUUCAUCGACCCCGUCUCUGGAGAGCUGUCCGUCAACAGGCCCCUGGACCGAGAACACAUCAGCAACUUCCACCUGAGAGCCCACGCCGUGGACCUCAAUGGCAACCAGGUGGAGAACCCCAUCGACAUUGUGAUCAAUGUCAUCGACAUGAACGACAACCGGCCCGAGUUUGUCCACCAGAUCUGGAAUGGAAGUGUGGCUGAGGGCUCAAAGCCAGGGACAUCUGUGAUGACCGUGACCGCCAUCGACAAAGAUGACCCCAAAACCCAAAACGGCAUGCUGAGGUACAAGAUCCUGUCCCAGAAUCCCGAGAACCCCAACCCCAGCAUGUUCACCAUCAACAACAAGACCGGGAACAUCAUCACCAUGGCCGCAGGCCUGGACAGAGAGAAAGUGCCACAGUACACGCUGAUCAUUCAGGCCACAGACAUGGAGGGAACGGCCCUGUAUGGCCUGUCCAACACCGCCACCGCUGUCAUCAGGGUCAGGGACAUCAACGACAAUCCGCCCGAGUUCACCUCCGAGACGUUCUACGGAGAAGUGCCAGAGAACCGGGUCAAUGUCAUCGUGGCCAACCUCACGGUGACGGACAAAGACCAGCCCAACACCCCCGCCUGGAACGUCGUGUACAAAAUCACCGGGGGCGACCCCACCGGCAGGUUCUCCGUACCGACUGAUCCCACCACUAAUGAGGGCCUGGUAACAGUCGUCAAGCCCAUUGACUACGAGAUGACCCGGACAUUUGUGCUGACCGUGGUGGCAGGGAACGAAGAGCCCCUGGACCAGAACAUCCAUCGCUCGCGCCAGUCCACCGCCACCGUCUCCAUCAAGGUGCUGGACGUGAACGAGGCGCCCUACUUCGAGCCCAACCCCCGCACCAUGAGGAUGGAGGAGGGCCUGGCCGCAGAGUCCAUGCUCACCGUCUUCACUGCCCUGGACCCUGACCGCUUCAUGCAGCAGACCAUCAGAUACUCCAAGCUCUCCGACCCGGCCAACUGGCUCCGCAUCGACCCCAAUAACGGCCACAUCUCCACAAUUGCCAUACUAGACAGGGAAUCGCCUUAUGUGAGCAAUAAUAUGUACAACGCCACGUUCCUGGCCACUGAUAAUGGUUACCCUCCUGCCAGCGGAACAGGCACCCUGCAGAUCUUCCUACGGGACAUAAACGACAACGCGCCCGUGGUGUUCCCCUCAGAGGCCGAGGUGUGUGAGAAGCCCGAGCCCAACUUCAUCAACAUCACGGCCAUCGAUGGCGACAUCGCCUCCAAUGCCGGGCCCUUCACCUUCGAACUGGCCCACAGGCCCACCGACGUCCGCAAGAACUGGACCAUUACGCGUAUCAACGGUGAUGCCGCUCAGGUUAGCCUGCGCCUCAGCUUCCUGGAGAGUGGCAUCUACGACGUGCCCAUCAUCAUCACCGACGCCGGCAACCUGCCCAUGUCCAACACCUCCUACCUGCGCAUCAAGGUGUGCCAGUGUGACCACAACGGCUUCUGCUCGGACCAGGAGCGCAUCAUUGCGGCGGGCCUGGGCACCGGCGCCAUCAUCUCCAUCCUGCUGUGCAUCAUCAUCCUGCUGUUUCUGGUGCUGCUGUUUGUGGUUUGGAUGAAGCGCCGAGAUAAGGAGCGGCAGGCCAAGCAGCUCCUCAUUGACCCCGAAGACGACGUGAGAGACAACAUCCUCAAGUACGACGAGGAGGGCGGUGGAGAGGAGGACCAGGAUUACGACCUGAGCCAGCUCCAGCAGCCGGACACCAUGGAGCCGGACGCCAUCAAGCCGGUGGGGAUCCGCCGCAUGGACGAGCGGCCCAUCCACCCCGAGCCCCAGUACCCCGUCAGGUCGGCUGCCCCGCAUCCCGGCGACAUCGGUGACUUCAUCAACGAGGGACUUAAGGCAGCUGAUAACGACCCCACGGCCCCGCCGUACGACUCCCUCUUGGUGUUCGACUACGAGGGCAGUGGCUCCACGGCCGGCUCCCUGAGCUCCAUCAACUCCUCCAGCAGCGGAGGGGACCAAGAUUAUGAUUACCUCAACGACUGGGGCCCACGCUUCAGGAAACUCGCAGAUAUGUACGGCGGAAGUGACGACUAAAAUGUUUUGCUCUUUUUCUCUCGGAUGUUGAAGAUGAGAACAUAGCAUUGAAAACGUGGGGAGAAAGUUCUAUUCUUUUUUUGUUGUUUCUUUCUCCAGUCGACAAAUGAGGACAGCUUCUGAUAACCGAUUUCCCCCUAGACAGACUGAAUGACAAUGGAAAAGAUUUUAAAUAGUUUAAAAAGUACAUAAAUCAAUGAAACACAAAUCACAAAAAACAACCCUAGGCUUAUUGUUGUAGUCUACGCAUACAUAUGCUUGUUGAAGGGUUAGGAGUGUGAGUCAGUCAUGUUUUUGGAGGAGGGGGACAGGACAUUGGUGAACUGUCACGGUUUGGAUUGUGGGGUACGGAAAGCGCUCAGUCAAACUUGAAUUUCACAGUACAGAAGCACUGGGAUUUAAUGUGCCUUUUUGUACAUUUUUUGGAUCUGAAUGAUUAGUUUUAUGUUCAAGGCUUUAAUGGUUAUGACUUUUGGAGUGAUUUCAAAACAGGAAGUAUGUUACAAUGGUAUGCAUCUACAUGCUUUUUUUGGUUACUCAAUACUGCUGUUUGUUGAAUAUAUGAAUAUUUAAGUGAAUUGCAAAGAUAACGACAUGAAGGAGUCUUUAUUAACAUUGAGGGGCAGGAAAAAAUCAGAGAACAGCACUGUACAGUACGCUAGAAUUUUAGACUUUUUUCACAAAAGAUUAAACACAUGCAGCUGGUUGCAAAUAAAGGGAGUCAUGAAACAUACUUUUGUAGCAAAAUAAGUUUUUUUUUCUUUCUGAAGUGGUGUAGUAUUUUACAGCAACAAAAUUGUUUAUUUUGUUCUAAUUUCAUGUACACUUCAUUUGCCUUAGUCCUCAUCUGGUACUUUACAUUUUUACUUCACUGUAAAGAAACUGUGUGUACAUAAUGUUUUUUUUUUCUUUUGAUGUAGUCCAUGAAGAAGAGCAAGAAGUUAAGAAGUUCAGAACUUGUAAAUGUAUAAUUUGGACUACAAAUUCAAGUUUUGCAUGUUUUUAUCUUUUCACAACAGCGGAAAAAAGUUAUUUCCAAAAUUUAUUUACAAAAAAAAAUACAAAAACAUAACUGGGUGGCAUAUAAUGUGUAGAAGGUAUGAGAGUCUUUUGUAAAAAAAAUAUGAAAAAAAUAAAUCAAUAAAAAACAGAAAAAAAUAACAAAUCUUGUCAGCACAACUGUUUGAAUUUGUACCAAAAAGGGGGUUGGGGUGUUAGACACCAUCGGCACUAAUUACUGAAUCAGCUUUAAGACAGGGAAAGGUUUUUGAAGGAGCUUUGUGGAUAAUCUUCUGUACUGGAAUACAAAUGAUUCAUCUCUGACCCCAACCAUCUGAAUAAAAUGCUAAUUUUGGA